AUGGAUGCAAAUAAUUAUUUACUGAUCAAAUUCGUGGCAAGUACAACGGAGUUGUUCCGAGUGCCAAACAUAUAUUUCUCGCUGAGAUCAGAAGGUCGUGGGAUUAAUUCGCGCCGUCGUCAUCGUCAUCAGCUGCUUUUUCCAUUUGCUCGCGAAAAUCCUUCUGUCAAUGAGGAUAGAGUGAGCUGCGAAAUAAAAAUGAGCGCUCUCCAAUCUGCCAACCGACGCAAAAUCCAGUUCGCACCUGCACCGCUUUGGACGGAAUGCAAUGGGAACCAAAUGGAACCCGACCGCCUUGUCAAGAGUCCGUAUUUGAUAACUCAUCGAGAAAGUCCGAGAAGCACGUAUGCCACCGACUACUCCAACUACAUGCCACGAAUUUCACUCAUGCCAACGUCGACUGCACCUGUUGUGAGGAAUGAUGGCACACCGACCAAGAAUGGCUGGCCUCCAAUCUCCAGCACUUCAAUCUCUCCGACAACACGCGAGCAGAAGCCGAGUCGAUGCGUGCGGAAGCCCGAAGACUCAUCAGGGAAACCGAAGAGCUGGCCAGAAGGGCCCAAGACGAGACUGGCAGACGGCUCGGGGAACGCAUUCACGACAAACAUCAAGUUCUGGAAAGAAGAGCUCCAGGCAGAAAGCAAUAAACUGGCUGCGGAAACGGGUCUUUUGGAAGAGCUGAGGAAGAAUUUGUGUCGGGCCCUGGCCGAGACUGAGACCCCGAUGCAGGCCGUUCAACAUUGUCUGUUGUCGCGAGAAGGACGCCAA